AGGCUGGGGUCACCUCAGGGCGCCUCGGCCUCUGGCUUCCAUCCCAGCUGCCUGCCCGCCUGCACCCGUGCCUGGCACACACUCCAGAGUGGAAAGCCCCAACCACCUCGUGGCCAUUCCUCUUCUGGCUUCAUGAAGCCCCAGCACAUUCCUGGCCCAUGGCCUCUGCGUGGGAGGAAGGCUGGGGCACCAGGGUGGGGUGAGGACUCUGGCAGGACUGGGGUCCCCUGCCCCCAGCCUUGCUUCGCUCCUCUGUUCCCUGCCUGCCCUAUGGGCUGUCUGUGGGCCUGGCCCUCUGCCCUGCCAAGCUGUGCCUUCCGGUGGGUGUAGAGGACGGGCCUUGACCUGCAGGAUGCUGCUGGGCCCUGGGAGGGACAGCCCAUCCCUGUGAGGAUCUGGGUCCUGGGUGUGGCCACAGGGGCUUUCCGGCCACAUCCCCUCCCAUUUUCAGGGCAUGACCACUUUGCCCCGUCUGGAGACGUGGAAACUGCCUAACUCUGCUCUUAGCUGACUUGCCCCCAAGUUAGUCCCAAAGAGCAGCCCCCUACUGAUCUGGUGAUGGUGGUGAUGGCUCUGGGGACUGGAGUCCGACACCGAAGACCAAGGGCAGGGCUGGCAGAGGCUGGCUGCUCCCUGGGGCUCCUCUCUCCAGAGGUGUGGGGUUUGUGAUACUUAACACUAGCACUCUGUCAGCGGUUAGUUGCUGGUUCCUUAAGCACUGCAUUCCACCGUGCCCUCUGCAUUGCUGGCAGAUUGGCAUUCCCAGGGACAGACCACAGGCUCUCCCGAGGAGCUCCGCCCUGCUGGUCUCAAAAGGGCAGCAGAGGACUUUGAAUAAAUAUGGAAACUUCCUCUGGGCUGUGCUGUUGUUUAUGUGGUUGCUGGGCCAGGGCCCUGGCAUCCAGACCUCUCUGCCUCCUGGUUCAGUAGUCCUGGUGGCACUGGUGCUGGGUGGUCACGAGGUGGAGCCACAUUCUUGGCUUCCAGGUUGGCUGGGCCCCGAAGGACAGCCGCGAGUCUCAGGACUCUUAUCCGCCUGUGUCAGCCAGUGCCUGCCCGGGCUGGGGCAGCCCAUACCACCCCAGCAGGGCAGCGGGGAGCUGAGCAGGCCUGCACCAGGCCACCCCCUUUCUCCUUGUUGGUGCCGUGAAGAAACAGGCUUGGGUGUGGGGUGACUGGCUGGGGGCAGUAUGCUCUUGCUGUUCACGGAGAUCCAGAACUCUAAGCUGGUGCCUGCGCUCAGAUCCCUCCGUGGAAGAGGACUGAUGGGUCAGCGUGGGCUGUGCCCCAUACCCCACACAGCCCUUGACCUCUGACCCCCACCCGGCCGAGGCCCCAGCCUAGAGCAGAACUGGUGGGUGCAUGGGCACAGUUUGCCUGGUAGUGGCCUCUGCAGUUUCCCAGGGUGGUGGGGGCAGACUGAUACAGAAUGUUCUGUCCCUUGGUCUGUGUGCCAGCCCCGCUGGUCCCAGGGCCCUUCCUCAGCCAGCCCCCCAUUUAACACUUGCUUCAUCCUGAGCUCCCUUCGAUGGGUCUCAUUUCCGGAAUGAAACAGCUGGAGUCCCAUUGUGGACAGGUGACUCCAGUUGGGGGUUUCUGCCUCGGAGGCAGCACCCUUCACCGCCCCUCGUACCUGUAAGCACCAGGCUGCAGUGUGGACAGGUGUGGGUGCUGUGCAUGAGUGGGUAGGGGAUGGGAGCAGGGACUUUUGGUGCUGGUGGCCAGCUCAGAAGGGAGACACUGCUGUAUAACUAGAUCAGAUAGGAGGUGGGCCAGGAGCUAAGAAUAGGAUUGGGCAUAGGCUCUUGGCUCAGGUGGGGGUGUGCCGAUGCCAACCAGGAAGUAGCCCGCUGGAGCCAGAACAGGACAGGGGCAGUGGGGCCCAAGACCCAGGCUUCCAGGGAAGGAGCAGAGUCCAGCUCGGCUCAUAAACAGAGCUGAUAGGACAGGGCUCAGGGAAACGGCAAGUACUGGGACCCGGGGCAUUGGUGCCGGGGUCAGGGGUUAAGCUCUGUGCUCAGAGGAAGCCCCCACCCUGCCCCCAUGGCCUUCCUGGUGGCUGGGACCCUGCAGGUGGCCUCGCUGUUGGCAGAUGCCCGACAGAGUCUGGAAAGAAAGGGGAAGUACAGCUUGCAGGGUCCCAGGGUGGCCCUGACUCUCAGCACCCCUGAGGUGUCAGCCUCUACCGUGGCUGUCCUGGAGGCCGUGUUCCGGACCCUGGGUUUCGAGUGCUGCCAGAGGACCGAGGCCUCUGUCCAGGGCUUCCUCGGGGAGCUGGCUGGGUUCCGGUCGCAGCUGGACGGCCUCGGGGGCCCUGUGGGCUGUGCUCUAGUGGCUCUGCUGGCCCCCCGUGGGCAGCUGGGGCAGCCCCAGCAGCUGGUCCGGGAGCUGAGCCGCUGUAGGGCCCUGUGGGGCCGCCCCAAGGUUUUCCUGCUGCUCUCAAGUGCUCCUGGGGGUGCCCUGGAGCGCGGAGCCUUCCUCACGGGCCUGAGCCGGCUCUGUGGCCGCUGUCGGCACUGGUCCCUGCUGCAGCUGCUGACGGAGGUCUUCUACAGGACAACUGAAGAGUCAGAGGCCACCUACUGCCCAGUCUUUCGGAGCUCCUUGCGGGGCACACUGUGCCUGGGGGAUGUGGAACCUUGGGAGCCGAAGCUGGAACCCAGCCCCAGGGCUCAGUAUGACCUGUCCGGGACCAGGGCCGCCCUCCUCCUGUCGGUGAUCCGCAGCCGGCCCGGGGCCAAGCACGAUGUGGAGGCGCUGGGGAGCCUGUGCCAGGCCCUGAACUUCAAGAUCACCCUAAGGACAAACCCUACAGCCCAGGCUUUCCAGGAGGAGAUGGUGCAGUUCCGAGAGUGCCUAGAUGCCCUCAGCGCCCCGGUGAGCUGUGCCCUAGUGGCCCUGAUGGCCCACGGGGGGCCCCAGGGGCAGCUGCUGGGGGCUGAUGGCCAGGAGGUACAGCCAGAGGCACUGGUGCAGGAGCUGAACCGCUGCAGGGCCUUGUGGGGCUGCCCCAAGAUCUUCCUGCUUCAGGCCUGCCGUGGGGGGCAUAGGGAUGCCGGCGUGGGGCCCACAGCUCUCUCCUGGUUUCGGCGCUGGCUGCGGGCAUCACCGACCACCCCGUCGCACGCCGAUGUCCUUGAGAUCUACACUGAUGCCCAAGGCAGCGCCUCCCGGGGCCCCACUGCCGGGAGCUCUGACCAAGCAGACAUCCUGAUGGUCUAUGCAGCUGCCGAGGGCUGCGUAGCCUAUCGUGACGAGAAGGGCUCGGACUUUAUCCAGACUCUGGCCGAGGUCCUCAGAGCUGACCCCGGGGGGGACCUCCUGGAGCUGCUGACCGAGGUCAACCGGCGGGUGUGCGAACUGGACGUGCUGGGUCCCGACUGCCCGGAGCGCCGCAAGGCUUGCCUGGAGAUCCGCAGCUCGCUGCGGCGGCCGCUCUGCCUGCAGGCCUGACUGCGCGCGCUGCUCCCCGGGGGGGACGCGGGGUGGGGUGCAAAGGGCGCGGCGCUCCGUCUGGGUGCACUGGCGCUCCUGCGAGGGGCGGAGGGACGGGGGAAGCCCGCACGGGCUGGGCUGGGCUGGACGUCCCGAGAGCGGGCAGCCGGGGCCCACAGCGCCGCCUCUGCUCACGCACCCACUCGCGCCAGCGCCAGGCCGUGGAAAUGUGGGAGAUGCGCCGCUCAGCGUCGCGUCUGGGGCCACAAGACUGGCCCGAGCACUGCCCACCGAGGGCUGCUGCGAUGCGGGGCGGCGGGGGCGGCGGGAGCAGUGGGCAGCCCCUGACCCGGCGCGCCCAGGGCCACGCGGGGGAAGCGCUCGCAGCGGCCCGAGAGAGCAGUGGGGGCCUGUGCGGCUUCACCCGGGCUCGAACUCGCAGCGCAGGUCGGGAGGGCGGUCCUCGCCCCGCCCGCGGGCUCAUUUCAGCGCAGGCCCGGCUCGCGGCCCCGCCCACCAGGGCCCGAGGGGCGGAGCUCCUGGCCGGUACGAGCAUGCGAGUUGCAGCGCACCACGCAGGCGCCUGCAGCAGCUUUAUGAGAGAAGCUGUGGAAACGUCAGUGCUGGGGCCGCGUGGCCUAAUGGAUAAGGCGUCUGAUUCCGGAUCAGAAGAUUGAGGGUUCGAGUCCCUUCGUGGUCGCUGCAGUGGUCGUUUUUUCCAAACCCUCGGGGCUUUAAAUUUUCCCUGCGUCGGGACCCUGCCCCCCGCGGAACCUCAGGAAGCUCGGGCGGUGCGCCCCGCCCCGCGGCACCGGGAAGCUGCCCCGAGUGUCCAGGCUCGGGGCUCCGGAGCCUAGGCCCGGCCUGCACCCCGGAGCCCCCGCGGGCGCGGCGGGGCCAACGCCGGCCGGAGCCCGAAGGCACCCUCAGCAAGUGCAGGAGCCCCUCGGGGACCGGCUGCAGGACAGUGCAGACGACCGGAGCUGUGACAGACCAGGGGGGGGAUGGACUGCUGCGGGGGGCGGGGGGAGUUGUCCCAUGGGUUCAGGGGAUAGGUGCAUUUCAAAAUAUAAUAGUUGUGACAAAAAGGUUUUGGAAAUAGUGGUGGCGGUUGGAUGAUUUUGUGCAUGUAACUGUUGCCAUUGAAUACGUACACUUAAAAAUGGCUUAAUUGGUCUAUUUAGCGUUAUAUAUGUAUUUUUUAGAUAUAUAACGUUAUAUAUCUAUUUUUAUCUAUUUUUUAAAAUAAAAGAUAUUUUAAAAUA